AUGUCACCACAACAAAACCAGGCCGCUCCAUCAUCAUCUUUUGAAGAUUCAACUGACAAACAACAAUCGAGCAAGCGUGAAAUCAAACAACAACAACAACAACAACACAAAACCACAUUGCCAACAAGCCCUUCUUCAUUAAACCAAGAUCUUAAACCACCAAUGUUUACUUUUGAGAGUGAUGAAUUAUUAUUGCAAGAAGGGGAAGGAAACGUGAAUAAUAAUGGAGAUGGUGGAGACUUGGAAGAAAAUGACAAUUACCAAAAUGAUAUUGAGCCACCAGCAAUCUUUGAACGAUCAGUCCAAGAUUGUUGUUCACCCCAUAGAACCAACUCCAUUAUAUCACUUACAAACUGCUUAAACAAUUACACCUCAUCAUCAUCAUCCACCAGUAACAACAACAACAACACCUCCAUCAACCCAAACAGCAGCAGCAGCACCAGUAUUUCCAACUUGACCAAUAGUUUACACAGUGCUAAUGGUGCACCAGUUCCACCAGCACUACCAGGAAGCAGAAGAAAAUCAUUCAUUAAAAGACCAAGGUCAUCAACUACAAACUCAUUCAAUAAUCGUCUUGAAGAUUCAUUCACUCCUUUAAAUUCACUAAUCACGUCAUUCAACUCAUCUGAAAACACAACGACAUUGCCAUUGUCACCAAAUAGUCCACCAAAGUUAAAACACACUCAAUCGCAAUUAAAUUGUUGCUCGUAUGCCGAGUUGAUUUGUGACGAGUCGUGGUCUACUCAUUCUCAUCCACGUGGUGGAUCCAUUAGUAGCAAUAAUGGAAAUAGAAGGGGACAACAGAAUCAACAACCACAACAACCACAACAACCACCGAUUAGAACAAUUCAGUCCACUGGAGUUGUCCCUACUUUGAGGUCCCCCAAAUGGAGGAAGUAA